UCCGCUUCAGAUAGUGAAGCUAAUUGUUGUGAUGCAUCUAAUGCGAGGAGCCUGACUUUUAAUCCCUCUAAAUUUACAAUGAAUGCAAUGACAGAAGAGGACUACAAAGAAACUUACUGGCCAAGGCUGGAAAAAGCAGUUGAACAGCUGCUGACUCAAAGCCCAGCGGAAUACACUUCUCUAUCCUAUGAACAGAUGUACAGUCAUGUUUAUACAUGUGUGUGCCAGCAAUACUCAGACCAUCUCUACAGUGACCUGAUAUGGAAGAUAACAUCUCACUUAGAGCAAGUGUGCUUAGAGUUGCAAGACAGCCGACCUGAAAGUUUUGUUGAAAACUUCAAUCUUGCUUUCACUCAAUAUAUGGCUGCAGUUCAGUGCAUCGUCCCUGUGUUCAUUUAUAUGAACAAGUUCUACAUUGAAACUAAGCUGAAGAGAAACUUGAAGGAUGACCUCAUGGACCUUUUCUCAGCUCAUGUUGCAGAGAAACACAUUAGUACAUUAAUACCUCUUCUUCAGAAAGCUGAUGCCAUGCCAUUUCAAGUUAAGCCGUCAACCAUGGCAAGUGUGGUAAAAGGCCUUUAUGCUCUGAGACCAGACUGGGCUCAGCUAGCCCCUCCACUGUUUUCUAGAUUUAUUCCCCAAAUACACCCUCCUGUUUUGGAGUCUGAUCUGCUGUAUUAUGCAGCUCAAGACCAGAAAUUGCAAAAGGAGCUUUCACUAAAUGGUUUUUCCAGGUGUGACCAGUCGCGUAAAAGAGCAAGUGAAGAAUCCUGAAAAACCCACAGGAAAACAGGAAAUAAUACUCAGUACAAGAAAGCUUCCAUAAUACGAAACACAUAAGGACUAGGCUAUGUAUGAACUAGGAAUAAUAAAUGAUUAAAAAAAUGCUAUCUUUUAUGGAGAACAAAACACAUGGUAAUAAAUAAAUAAAUAAAUAAAUGUAUGAAAAGAAAUAAA